AUGCGUUUUCUUGUGUUGGGUGCUUUGAUAUUUGCCGCACAGCCGACUUUGGCGUGUAUCGGUGGUUUGUUGGGUGGCGGAGGUGGCGGUGGUGGAUGUUGUCCACCGUCGCAACCAUCUUGUGGACCAGCCACUCCACCAUGUUCCAGCUCAAGGUGAGUGCGAGGGGCAGGGGAAUAGUUUUUGUAUAGAUAUUCUGAUUUUCAAGCAGAGGAGCCUAGAAAUCCUAGUUGUCAAGCAGCCGAUCCUAGAGCUUUGUAGUCAGUAAUCUACCUUUUUAAUAAAAUCCCGUUUGGGUGGACUAUCGUAGUUUAAAAUUUAAAAAAAACUAUAAUUUUGGUAGUCUAAAACUGUAUUCUAGUUUUGAAUAUUUGUAUUUUAAAAAUUGUAUAUUUAUGAGCCGUAAUUGCGGAGUGUCGUAGUCAAAAGGUUUUGUGUUAUCUGAAAAGUUUCGUAGUCACCAUACUCGGAGUUUCGUAGUCACCAUACUCUUAAAAAAAAACUUUUAAUCUCAUGGGUCCUUUUAUUCCGUAGCCGGCCCGAAAUCCACGUGGCAACCAACCAAACUCUUUUUCAAUUUCCAAAGUUCAAUUUUGCCUUCACACACACACAAAGAUCAAAAUCCGGACUUCUUGAAAGUCAAUAAAACAGAAUAGAAUAGAAUGGAAUUUCCGCAUUAUCAUGAAUGAAGACAGAAUUUUUUUUUGGCCGACUACAAAAAAAACUUUCGCAUUUUGAAUUGAAAUGUGUGUGUGUGUGACGCCACUUCAGUUUUUAUUUUGAAAAGAAACAUGUUAAAAAGGAUAGGGAUAACAAUGAAAUGAUGGGAUGACAAAAAAAGAAGUACACUUAGCUUAGGCUAAAAAGCUAAGCUAUAGGGGAAUGCUGGGAAUUUUCAAAAAAAAUAUAAAUGAAAUUUGAAAAUAAAUCGUUCGCGCGCUUAUGUGCGAACACUUUCACGCAAUACUGCACUGUACACUCAACUCUGUUGAAGCUAAGCAUUGGGGAAUGCUGGUAUUAAUUAUAAAAAAAAUGAAUAAAUUUUGAAAAUAAAUCGUUCGCGCGCUUGUGUGCAAACACUUUCACGCAAAAAGGCACAGCUCUUCAUUUUUUUAAACGGGUUUCAUAAAAAUCUAUAAGAGAACGCUGGGAAUUUUUAAAAUUAAUAUAUUUUCAGCUAUGGCGGAGCUGGUGCAUAUGCCGCACCUCCUCUUCCACCCCCACCACCUCCACCUCCACCACCACCACCAGCAGCAUACGCAACUGGACCAAUUGCCGGAGGAGCCUAUGCUCCACCCCCACCCCCACCUCCUCCACCAGCACCAAUCGGAGGAGCCUAUCAAGCCGGACCAGGUCCAAUCCCAGGACCAGGUCCAAUCGGAGGUGGUGCUUAUCAAGCUGGACCAGGACCAAUCCCAGGACCAGCACCAAUUGCCGCCUAUAACCCAGCGCCACUUGCACCAGCCCCAGUUCUUGGAGGUGGAGCCUAUCAAGCUGGACCAAUCGCAACCGGACCAGGAGCAGUCGGAAUUGAUGGCGGAGCCGCAGGAGCUGGAGGAUAUCAAGCCGGACCAGGACCAGCUAUUCCAGUUGCACCAGCCGGUGAAGCCUAUCAAGCCGGACCAGGACCAAUCAGCUCGAUCUCGGUGACUCAAGUCGGAGCCGGCGGAGCCUACAAUGCGCCACCAGUUGCACCACAAGGUGAGCGAUGCACUGCAUGCCGUUUUUCGCACUUUGAGCACAGGACACGACCAUACAAGGCGUCCGUUGAGUCAGACGCGAGACGACGAGAGUAUUUUGCAAAAAUAUCUCGAAAAUGAAUUUCGCUUCGAGAUAUUUUCAAUAAAACAUGAUGUGUUCCUUGAAACAAAAUACGGUAUUUUUUCAAAGGGACACAUAUUUUCUCAAAAAUAUCUCGAAGCGAUGUCUUAGAUGACGUCAUCAGACUCCCGUCGUCUCUCGUCUGACCCGAGGGGCAAUUGGAGUAAAUGGUCGUGAGGAAUAAGGCAGAAACCUUGACCUCAUGUUUAAAAUUUAGAAACUUCCUUGAAACCAGUUGAGCCAGAUUCGAAACAAUUUUUGAAAAAAAAAUAUUAGGAGGCAUGCGGAAUUGAACCUCUCACCUCUCACUCAUAAAUCUAGACCCUAACCAGUUACACCACACCACAGCAUUUCACACAUUCAGUAAUCGUCGAAGAACCAAUCGCACCACAAGCACCAGUCAUCGCCACUUACACCCAAGGACCAGUUCCAACACCAGUCGUGAUUGUCGACGAAACACCAGCACCAAUCGCACCAGCAGUUGAAGAAGUCAUUGUCGAACAACCUCAACCCGAACCACUUCCAGAAGUUAUCGUAACUGAAGCACCAGCCGCUCCAGCUGUCGAAGAAGUCAUCGUCGAAGAAGUUGCCACAACUACCGUCGAAGCGAUUCCAGAAGUUGUUGAAGAAGUUGUGACUGAAGCCGCUCCAAAUGUUGCCGCCAAGGAGGAAAGCACCUAUGAUGAUAUUGUUGAGGAACAACCUGAAGUUGCUGCUGCCACUGAACCUGCUGUUGUUGAAGCUGCUGAAUCGGUUGAUCAAAUUGAGGUGAGUUUUUGUUUUUUUCCGCUUCUCCUCGAGAAUUACACUUUUUUGAAUUUUUCAAAAAAUCUAGAAAAAAAAAAUUAGUUCGCAGUGGGACUCGAACCCACCAAAACGACCCCCUCUGAUCCACAAUCUAUCGUCUACCCGCCUGCUCUAAAGAUACAGGUAGAAAUCAAAGCGCGCAUGGUCGAGAUAUGAAAGGGAAUUUUCUUCCAAUUUUCAGCCGAAACCGGCUGUUUUUAAGUUUUAGUUUAAUAAUCUGAUAAUUUCCCCAUAUCUUCUUCUUUUUUUCUUGAAACCAACCAGAUUUUCUUGCUGCCUUGCGCAAUAUCUGAUAAAAAUCCCCUUCCGCAUUACACAACAGCCAAAAAAAACUGAAUAAGAUUUUUUUUGAAUGAUCAAAAAUGUUCUAGGAGACCAACGAGGCCGUCGAAUAUGCGGAUGAGGAAAGCGACGAGGGAAAUUGCGACGAUCCGGAACUUCGUGCCAUUGUUGAGGCCGCUUUGAAGGGAGAAAAGGUGCGUCGCGGGGAUUUAAAGGGACAUAGCGAGCAUUCAGUAUGGUUUUCAAGUUCAGAACACUGGGAAAUUUCAAACUCUAAAUUUUUGCAUCAAAAACUCUUGUGUCCAAAUUUUCAAAUUCAAUUUUUUUCCGCCAGAAAUCCAGAAAGUUCAAAAUUUUCCUCCUCAAACUUUUCUCUGCUUCCCACAAUCGAAAACCAAUUAAAAUGCAUCCAAACUUGAUAACGGGGGAAAAAAGAAAAAAUCUGCAUCCAACCAUUCAAAAACAGGUUCCCUUUUCCUGAAAUGAAAGGUGAUUAAAUUGAAAUGACACAUUAUGAGAAAAACCAGAGGCCCGGUUAUGUAAAAGAUGUUGUCUAAUUUACAUACCUGGCUAUUUUUAUGUUAGGCUAAAUUGGGUGGGCGAGGGAGGAAGGUUUAUGGGUUUUUUUUCGGGAAAAAUUGGGAUUUUCUUGGAAUUUGUGGGACUUUUUAAAAAAAAGUUGAAUUUUCAACGAAAAAAGAAAUAGAUAAAAAAUAUUUGAAAAUUUUAGAUGAAAUUAUUUUGUGCAAUAGAGCGCGUUUGCAUUAUCUAUGGGAGAAAUUUUGAAUUUUUUAGAGAAAAUGCAAUUGUUCAAUAGAGCACACUUGAUAUUUUCUAAAACAAAUUUUUAAUUUUUCGACAGAGCGCGUUUGCUCGUCUUAUUUUUUAUUGUCUAUGUUUGAAAUUUGAAUUUUCUAGAAAAAAUGCAAUAGUUUAAUAGAGCGCAAUUGCUCAUUUCUAGGUUGAAUUUGAAUUUUUUGAUGAAAAUUCAUUCGUUCGAUAGAGCGCGUUUGCUGUUUUCUUUGAAAAAUUUCAAAUUUUCGAAAAAUAAAUAAAUUGUUCCAUAGAGCGCUGUUGCAUUAUCUAUGACAGAAAUUUUGAAUUUUCUAGAAAAAAUGCAAUUGUUCAAUAGAGCACACUUGAUGUUUUCUAAAACAAAUUUUAAAUUUUUCGACAGAGCGCGUUUGCAUGUUUGAAAUUUGAAUUUUUAAUAGAAAGUUAAAUAUUUCUAUGUAGCGCAUCUGCUCAUUUCUAGGCUGAAUUUGAAUUUCUUGAUGGAAAUUUAUUUGUUCGAUAGAGCACACUUGAUUUUUUCUUUGGAAAAUCUUGCAUUUUCGAAAAAAAUUGUUCCAUAGAGCGCAUUUGCAUUAUCUAUGACUGAAGUUUCGAAUUUUCAAAGAAAAUGCUAUAGUUCUAUAGAGCGCACUUGAUGUUUUUCUAGAUUAAAUGCAAAUGCAAUAGUUCUAUAGUUCUAUAGAGCGCACUUGAUAACUUCAAUCAAUUGUCAAAAUUCAGGAUAACUUGGAAGCGGCGCGAAAAAUCGAAGGCGACGCCUCGGCCAAAUUCGGCGGUCGUUUCAACGCAAUCGUCUCCGACGCCGAAUUCGCCUACGUCAACUGGUACGGUAAGAGAAACUGCCAAUUGAGAUACGAGAAUAGACAUUCGCUCACCUGGGAAGAUUAA